AGUUAAAGCGAACUUAAUGUUUGAUUGUAAAAUUAUAUCAGAAUUAAAUUAUCAUCUUAAUAUUUUGCUCAAAUCUGUAAAAAUGCCACAGUUUAUAAAAUGUGUUUUUACAACAACAAUCGUUUUUGGAUGUUUAUCUUAUGGUAUACAUGCAAGAAGUGACAUUCAGUUCCGAAUAAAUAUAUCAGAAUUUAAUAAAGUCGCCAGUGUUUUAUUGAAACCUCGAGUUGACUACAGAGUCGACGUAAGCAACACGUUUCACGAUGAGUCAAAUGGUUUAUCAUACACGCUGGCAAAUCUUGAUGAUCUAUCAAACUUGCAUGUAAGUCAUGUGCAGAUUCCCACUGAUGGGACAAUGCUUGCCACUACAUUCACUUCCGUGUUACAUCAUAACGGGAAUCUUACACUUUCCAGAUCAGGUGAAAAUCACAUUGUUUAUGACGGACAUAUAGAUGUUUCUUUGUUCAAUGUGACAGCAACGUCUGUUGUUUCCAUGGACAAUUCAAACCAGAUAAUGACCCCAAACACAUUACAUAUACUUACAUCAAACUGCACCGUCAAAAUAGACGACAUCAAAGUAAAUGAGAAAAACAUACAGAACAUCGGGCUACAUAUAACUAAUGAGGACCUUAAAGACAUCUUUCAAAAGUUUAUUUGCCAAGUGUACAACGGAAAAUACUAUCUUGCCUUUGAAGAGUCUGAAGUCACGUGUACAAUAUUUGAUAAGACCAUCACAGUGGUAACUGAGAGAUCUUAUGCUGACACAAAGAAUGAUUUCAUCAUUAUCACACAUGAGAUUAAAACUUCAACGAAGGAUGAUAAUAUGCCAUAUCCAUCAAUGGACUUCACGCCAUCCAUUCCUUUACCAGAUUCGUCUAGUCGACCGUUUGAGAUUAUGAUGUAUCCGAGUGUUCUAAAUGAACUCUUUAAAAAAUUCAAGAGAGAACUUGGAAUAGGUGUCAAUGAUAUAUCGCUCGGAAAACUACUCCCAAUGUUUAAAGAUAUCUCCGAACUGGACACACAGGGAUUCUACAUGAGUUUUCUUUUUCCUAUGGUCGGUAGAAAGUAUCCAGAUGCAGUAGGUACGUUGGUUGUAUCAAACUUCGACAUCUACUUCACAAUCAAGAAUGGGUCUGUCCAAAUUCAUUUCGACAUCAACGCAACCUUAUCAGUCAGACUAAACUGUGACAGAAACAGAACUUUCAAUGCUUUAAAGUUUUCAAUGAAUUUAUUUUUCCCAACACAAUUCGGCUUUGAUAACCAAUACAUCACGAUGAAAAUUUUGACAUUCGGAGGAAAUUUUACAAUACUGGAGUCGAAUGUUGGCCAUAUCAUGGACAGGGGAUUGUCCAGCUUAUUGUAUUCAGCACCGUAUUACGUACGGAACCAUUUACAUAAAUUUGGUAACAUUUUCCGGGGUAUUCCAUUGAAAAAUCUUCUCCCUAAAAAUGUGUUUGCAGAGGUGGAUCUGGUGUCGAUCAAGGAGGAUGCUUUGAUAAUUGGUGGAAAUCUUUCUCUAACUGAUCCCAAUUUACCAAGAAUAAAGAAAGACCAAAUUCGGUGGGCUGGCAUUUAUCCGAAGAAAGAUUUGUUUUUACUAGGGUUAGACAAUACACCGGAAAAUCCUGAAGAUUUUGAAUUAGAAAAAGAAAAUUGUAAAACUAAAACUAAAGUACAUUCAUCAGCAGCAAUUCAACCAUUCUUUCAUAUAGCAAUUCUAGUCUUCAUGGUUGUUAUAGCAACAACAUAUCAAUUUACAUAAAUCGCCUUGAAGAGAAUACACUGAAGAUUUUUGACACGAAUCUACUUGAAAUAUUUUAUAAAAUAAGAUUUGUGUUCCAUUUGCUGUAGGUAUAGGACAAUAUUUUGUGUACAAAAUAUAAUAGCUUACACCUUUUUGCAGAAUAAUGCUUUUUAUUGUGCAAAUUGAGAAAAAAUCAAAAAUGAAAAAAUCGUUUGAUUGCUUUUAAAUCAUAUCGGCUUGAAAUAAAACAUCCAUAUGUUUUAUGUUUUUGCAUAUGUUUCCGUUUAAGGAACACUAGCUGAUCUGUGUUAGAGUUUCAUUUUUACCAUUUUCCGCCCUCAGUACAGUUCCUUUAAUGAAAUGUGCUGUAUCAUAUGAUUUAGGAAGUCAAAAUAUUUCAUAUUACCAUGUCGAUAUUUUGGUUUCAUUGUUUAGAAUAAUAAAGGUCGCCAAUAGAGGAAUACAUAUUUUACAAACAAUUCUUACUUAAAUGUCUACAGUUGCAACUUGUGUUUGCUCCUCUUGUUCCUCCUUUGUUCACCAAUGCCUUUAAAUUUACAUAAUAUGUGAUGUGUACAUUAGUCUUUCUUUAUUCUUAAAAGAAACGUUUGACAAUGUGAUGGUGCAUAUUUUAUGGAAAUGAUAAAGUCAUGCUGUUUUUUUCUAUUACAUUUUUAUUCCAAUCACUUUCUAUAGUACAUGUAUAUACAUAUACAUUUCAAGAUUUACUUCUGAAUCAGAUGGAUAUCAUGAAAGAGUCCUGUUUUUUUUGUCUUGUUUUGUUUUUUUCAAAAUGAUGUUUAUCCUUGUAUUUAAUUGGACAGAAUCGUUGAAUAAAUCAUUUACGUAACCAUUUUGCCUUAUUAUGUUUGUUGAAAUCAAUCCCAAAUUGUAUUUUGUAAAUAUUGUUCACAUGUUAAAUGUUAUGUUGAAUAAAUAUGUUUAAACAAAAUUCUUAAACAAAUCAUUAACUAAACCAUUUUCAUUUAUUAUAUUUGUUGAUAUCAU